CGCAGCGAAUGCGACUUAAUUGCAUUUGUACCGAGUGCAGCAGUGUAAAGAAAGUGCGCGUAUACAAUAUUUAUUUAAGUAGCUGCUUAUCAAUUAUAUCCAUGCAUACAACUAUCAGACAUAUGUGCACAAAUACGAGUUAAGCCCCACCGCACUGAAUUGAACGCAAAACGCUAAAUCUGGACAAAAAUGUCUUCGCUGGAGCAACAGCAGCCGCAGCCGCCCCAGAAGCGACCCUCCUUGCACUUUGCCGCGGAUGCCGGAACUGGAGCUGCAGCUGGAACUGGAGCCGGAACUGGAGCCGGAGCUGGAGCUGAGAGCAUGUCGAACUGUUCACCGGCAACCACACCGCUGGGCAGCGCUGGCGGCGCCGGCUUCCUGCCGGACAUGCCGCAAUGGAAGAAGGAUUUGAUCCAGCGCCGCAAAACGAAUGUGGCGCGUACAAAUGCAGCCGCCUGCUCGCCCACCUGCGCGGCGCCACCAGCUGAUGGCAAUUGUGCCGCUUUCCAAGAACCUGCAGAUUCAGGUGCGACUGAAGGCAGCGCAGCCGCAGCAACAACUAGUCAACAACAACAGCAACAACAACAGCAGCAUGUGAAACGAAAUGUAAGCCAAACACAACAACAACAACAACAACAACAGCAACAGCAACAAGCAGCAUUUAAGACUUCACCAACAGAGGAAAAGUCUGAGAAAUGUUUUAUUGGAAGUGGAGGUCAUCAGACGAUUCCAGCAGCAGCAGCAGCAGCAUCGGCAUCGGCAGCGGCGGCAGCAGCAGCAGCAACAGCCCAAAGUACACAAGGCAAAGACUUAGCCACGGCCUUUUCAGCAGAAACGGCAGCAUCAGCAACGGCAGCAGCAGCGACGGCGGCAGCGGCACCAAUACCAAAGCAGCGAUCAAGUUUAUUCAACACAAGAAGUCAAUCAACUGGUAAGGAGCAAGAAGAGAUUCUAAAUUUGGAUACCAGAGAGCGUGAGAGAGAGCGCGAGCGAGCGUGCGGAGAGCGUGACGUUGAGGUGAAUAGCGCUAGCAUGGUGUAUGCGAGCGUGCGCUCUGGUGAAGUUGAAACUGGCACAGCGACAACUGGAGCAUUAACAGCAAUAGGCAGCAGCAACAGCAGCGGCGUCAGCGGCAGCGGCAGCGCAAAUGUGAAACAAACGGCAGCAACAGCGGCGACUUCGUCGUCGUCAGCAAAUCAGUUGCAAACGAAAUGCAAACCAGGCCAGAGCGUUGCUGAAGCAGCGCCAAGCAAUUACAUUAGCAGCAGCAGCAGCAGCAACAUAAGCAGCAGCAGCAGCAAUACGCCAAUUUUAAUUGAUAAAAAUUGUAAAUCGAAAAUAUCCGACAAAUUGCAGAGCAACAAGUUUAUUAAAAAUCAACAACAACAACAACAGCAGCAGCAACUGGAACGCCAAACGGCCGCGUCGCCCACAAAAGUAGCGGUAAAAACGACAAUGGUCGCCAUGCAAGAAAUGAAAAAGACAACCACACAAAAUGGCCAACAACGUCAUCAUCACCAUCAUCAUCAACAUCAUCAUCACCAGCAGCAACAGCAGCUGCAGCUGCAUCUGAAAAGCGCCGAUGCCGACAUGGACGUUGGCGUCGCUGCCCUACAGCCAACGCUUUUGGACGCCGUCGAUCACAACGAGGAUCUCAGCUAUGGACCCGGCAUUGUGUCCAAGCUGCGCUGCCGCUAUCUAAAUCUGGCGUUGCGCUGCGAGUCGCGCCAGCAGAGCCAAAAUCAACGACUGCAGCGCUCGACGAGCCUCAACACGCUGCUCGAUCGCAAUGACGACGACGACGUCGAGGACGAGGAACAGCAGCAGCUGCAGCAGGUAAAUAGCGCCACAAUCGCCGUCGCUGCCGCAGUCAACGUCAAUGUGACACGCAGCACUGCAGCGCCGCCCAUACUAAGCGCCAAGCCAACGGGCAGCAGUUACAUCAAAAGCGUCAGCGUCUUGCAGCAGCAGCAGCAGCUACGCCAGCAGCAGCAGAAGACGGCGCAGGAGCAACAGCCGGCGUCGACGCCGCUUAACGGUAACGCAUUGCGCUCGCGUCAUUUUAAACGCGGCAACGAGGUGAUGAAACGCGCCCGAUCCGUCGAGGCGCUUCUCUGCGAGAAGUCGCCGUGGAAUACGCAGCGCGCCAGCUAUCAGGCGGCAGCGGUUAAUAGCAGCGCAGUCGCUGCCACGGCCACGGCCGCAGCCACAGGCACAUCGGCUGCCCCAGCCACGCCCACCUGCGUCAGCAUCGAGGAUAAGAUUCACAAUGCACGCGAGCGCCUGCACAGCGGUACCGAUGCCACGCCCCCAAAGCGUCUCACCUCCAUAAUCGAUGACACCGAACGCCCACCGCCGGACCUCGUCAAGCAGACGCUGAAAAUGUUCGAGGCGAGCGCCAAUCGGCGACCACGCGCCACCCAGCGCAGCAACGGCGUCGGCGGCGUCGCCAGCAAAGUUGCCAGCUACAAGUCGAUUAUUAAGGAGCAGAAGCCAAACAGCGCUGGCGUCAGCAGCAGCAGCAGCAGCAAAGUGACGGCAGGAUUUGCUGCCUCGACACCCAAGCAGCGCGUCGGCAGCGCCAAUGUUCAUGCUGUCGUUCCAGAUAUCAUUCCCAGACAGCUGGAAGUCAGCUGUGCCUACGAUUCGCCUGUGACGAGCAUUACCAAAAUGAUGGAACGCAUGCAGCUGGAAGCGCCAGAUGGUGCGGGAGUGGGCGCGGUUGCGGGUGCUGGCAGCAACAAUCAUCGCUUAGUCAGCGAUCAGCAGCGAACGCAGGCAGCAGCUGGCGAGGCUGACGUUGACGACGACAACGACGACAGCAGAGACGAAGACAACAACGAAGGCAACGAAAGCAACGUGGACGGCGACGCUGCAGCUGAAGCUGGCGGCGACGGCAAAGGCGACGGCGACGGCAACGACGUUUGCAAUGGCGUUAAGUUGGGCGAGGCAGGCGAUAAGUUAACAGCAACGCCGGCAGCGCUGCCGCUGGAUGACGCAGGAGGCGUCGGCGGCAGCAGCGGCAGCGCCCAGCGCUCAUUUGCUGCCGCCUUGCAAGAGAACGCGCACGCUUCCAGCACGAGUUCGAGUUCCAGCAGUCGAAAACUGUCGCAGCGCAGCAGCGAUAACAGCGAAUACACAACAACAACAACAACAGUAGCACCAACAACAACAACAACAAAGCAAAUUGGUGUCAUCAGGCCGCUGCUGAACAACUCCGGCUCCAGUUCCGGCUGCGGCACGCCGCUGACCAGUCGCGAGAUUGAAAAGAAUCGCAUUAAUGAAAUGAAGAAAUCAACGGCACUGGCUGCAGACGCAGCUGCUGCCGCCGCCGCCGCAGCUACUAGUCUCGACACCGUGAUAAACACCAAGGAUGGCAGCGAAUUGGACGCUGCAGUGGCCAGCGGCAUCUCACCCAUUUGGCCGUUGCGCAAGCGCCGACAGCCGACAGGUGGCGCCAAUAGCAGCGGCGGCGUCGCCAGCAGCAGCUCCCAUGCGGACAGCAACACCUCCAUGGUGUUCAACUUCUCUAAGAGCGGCAAGGAGGUGCCAGAUUAUAUUGAAAGCGAUGUUGUGAUCUACAGACGUAAACGGGAACUGCCAAAGCCAAAUGAACCGGGCUUCGUGCUGCUGGGCGACCUUUCGGUGGAGACAUCGACAGACACGGACUACGAUGAUUAUUCAAUGUGCCCGCCCUCGCCCUGCGACGUCGAGUUCGAGAAUGCGAAUAUUGUGAUCGACGGCAAGUCCAGCAUACGCCAGAAAGCCAAAGAUUCAUCGUUCCGCGUACAAUUUAACGAUACGUUAACGUCAACGUUUGAAUAUCCCUCCGAGGCAUCGCAGACCAUUGACGAUCCGCCGUAUGCCGAUCCCUACGGCAAUGUUACCAAGCAUCAUCAGCUCUUCUACGAGGAGCACCUCAGGUUGCAGCACCAGCAACAACAACAACAACAACAGCAACAACAACAACAACAACAACAACAGCAGCAGCAGCAGCAACAACAACAACAACAACAACAACAUCAUCAUGUUACAGUCGAUGAGAUAAUUGAGCUGCCGACAGCCGCGGCGACAUCCUCCGCGUCGCAUAAGACGUCGGCGACCAGCGCAAUGCUGGGGAAUUUACCAUUAGGCUCUACGGCCCUAGGCUUCUACACCCCCCUCAAGGCCUCGCCCAUGGACAGCCUCUUCCAGCUGGGCGUCACGCGCUAUGCCGCGCCCGACAGCAACGGUAGCCCAGCGGCGGCUGCCACAAACGGCGGCGGCAGCUACAACGGCAACGGCAGCCUGCUGGGCAGCGGCGAGGGACACAGCAAGGACGACGAGAGCGGCGCGGGGGGCGAUGCCAAGGAGCUGGCGUCUGGGCCGGAGGAUGUUGAGGACUAUCUGACGGCCUCCGCGGCGGCGGCGGCGGCGGGCGGCAUUGUGUACAGCGAGGGCGCCCAAAAGACCGAUCUAUUGUACUGAACGAACCAGUUCCGUUUCGAGCCGGAACCAGAACCAGAUCCUGAAACGCGCUGAGUUUCGUUUAAAUACGUAUAUAUAUAUACAUAGAUAUUAUUUAUAAGUUUGUAGGCCUAAAAUGCGUUUGCGCAAAAAAAAAAAAGAAAAACAUUUUUUUUUUAUAUAUAUAUAUAUUAAAAUAUA